CCUAGAGUCUAACGACCAUGUAUCCGGUCAUCCACUCACGAUUGGUAUCCCUCACCUGUCUAUGACAAAUUCAACAAUAUUUGUGGGCUUUUGUACCAGGGGUGGAGUAGCUCAUCUGCGGGAAGGACGUCUCAAUGGAAGCCACCGGGGGUGGCUAAUUCGGAAUUCUGGACUUUUGGCCUUCGCAGCGAUUCAGCUUGACAGUCUCGAUGUCAGCGUCUCUUUCGUAUCUGUACCCAUUCGAAGGAUCAUUGUCAGGGGAGCCAUCUCUGAAGAAUUAGCAACCUUUUAACUGAGAGCCGCUACUUUACGGAUCGCUUUACAAGCUAGAUCUGCGCACGGCUCGAUGAUCCUGAAAAUCGGCCUCUUUUUAAACGGCUCCGAGCUUUGCUCUUCUCAUGGAAACGCUUGUUCGGCUGUUCGAAGCGUUCACAAAGCUGACGACACUAGUCAAAUCAUCGAAGCGAAAGAAGAAGGUGCAUCGAGAGGAGAGAGACCUUCGACUGGACCCCAUCAGUGAUUCUGCAGCUCAGAAGGUGUCCCAGCGACUCACGGGUGGCCACGAGUCACAACUACGUUGUAACGCGGUUUGGGAACGUCCGAAUUCCAUGGAGGUUUAAGCCGCAGACAGCCACCUAUUUGUUCUUUGGGUGCGCUAGGUCCAGGACUCUGUUGCGCAUCGGCCGUUUCGCCUGAGGAUCCGGCUGUCAAUUCCAGGACUACGUCGAGGAGGAUCGUAAACCGUCGUAAAGCGUCUUCCUCGAGAAGAGGGUCAAUCCGGAUGAAGGGAGCUGAGGUAGACCAAGGCAGGGACCAGGUCAGGAUAUAUACUAUGUACAGAGUCAGCUAUAUCUAUAGCGACUGGAAGAUCGAAGCCACCCACGAUCGAUCCAUUAGGGCUCCGCGGGGUGCGCGCGUACGCCACCAUCAAUAUGGGCAAUACUCGCCAUGGGCAGCCUUCAAGAUUCAACCCUGAGGGACACCAGCCAGUCGGACCCUGACCACGCGAUGUGCUUCAUCCCCGUCGAAAUAAACCGGAGGAAUCAUGGUUAAAAUUCAAAGGAAUACGGCGACGAAAGUACGAACGAAAAAAAACGACCGGUGUUGCAAGAUUUUUCCAACAAUUGUAUCACUCCCGAUCAGCUUCCGGACGGAGAUCGUUAUCACCUAGAAUCUCUUUUUUUUUUUAUUACUGUGUUAAUUUUGAAACUGCCAAGAUAUACUUUUUUGAAAAUUCUUUCCUGGAGGUUUCCAAGAUUGCAACAUCCCUCAAGUAUGAUUUGCCGAAAGGAUCCUUUGGAAAUUCCUUUGUGCUACUUGGAAACCAUUUUGCGAGCGUGUGUGGUCCAUCUACAGCAUCCUUCUCGAUCACCUUGAAUUCCCAGCCGAGUUGUCUUACCUCAACCACCGUAAAUAAUCAGAGCACAAAGUGAUCCUAGGCGUGGAAAGGAAUAGAGGGUUAUCGGGAAUCCCAGCGAGUCCACUUCGCCAAGGGUUCUCGUCGUCUGCCCAAGAGCUUUCCAUUGGACUGCCACGUAAUCUGCGUCUCUCGAAUGAACACUCGCCAGACCAUCAGUCUGCUUUUGAGCUUAGCCUGGCACACUGACAGAAGCAAACUGAAAUCUUGACAGCUGCUGAAUUACCGUCCGGUCAUCUAUACGGGCAUCGCUGCUAAAAGCCACGUGCGCAGAGUGCAACGGGUGCAUCCCCAUACAACGCGUGCAUCCUAAUACGGAUGCAUCUCUAUUUUGGUCCAUUUUUCGGAUGCCGAACCGUCGACUGCGGAAGCGACAGACCCCUCGAAUAUAACGUUCGAGCAAAUCAGCUGCCGGUCUAGCAGAACCGGUUGCAAAAUGAAUGAUAGAAAAAAAUGGCAAGAUGCAGUUGCGCGGGCAGCAACGGACACCUGUUCGAGAUACCAGCCGGACAUUCCAGGUGUAAUUGGCUUGGAUUUUGUUUGCUGAGGAUAAACCGAAGCGUCCGACAAAUACUGGCGUCUCUGUCGCGGCCCAUAAAGCGGUCCUCUUAAAUAAAUGGGUCCUCUGUAAAAAGGUAAUUGGAGUCAUUGCGCGAAAUUAGUUGUGCACCAGGCUUAGCGAGGCCCCGAAGCGGUACCAAGGCUCAGACCAGUUCUGAACAGACGAGAAGAAUAGUGUGUACCGGCCAUAAGGGUGACUAAAGCAAUGGCGAGCUUGUGUCUUUGUGGAAGAACAAAUUCACGUUAAAGUCUAUAAAAUUGAAUCGUCCAGAAGUCUGGAGCCUGGGAAGACCUGGACUCCAUAACUGUGCACGUAUAGAUACGUUCCCAUACGUCUGAUGCUCCCAAGACAUAGCGCACCUAGGUGCAGGCAUCCUCGUCUCGCUUUGAUACAUGCAUUCUCGUGAACCGAGGGUACCUGAGAGAAGGACGAAGCCGGGAGUCUAGGUGGGCGCGAGAGAGAAAGAGAGAAGGAAGAAGAAGAAUUGAGCGAGGGCGAGGGAGAGAAGAGAAGGAGACAGAGAGUGGAAUCGAGAAGAAAAGCUUCGUACGCGAGAAGCGGUCGAGGUGGGGGCUCCUCGAGGCGUGGCAGAAUAAAGGUCCGCCCACAACUUCCCCUUGGAAACCACGUGCUCCGAGUGUCAGGAGUGUCAAGAGCAUCCGAUCAUCUUACACUGUGAAUCUGAGAGAGGUAUACAAUUUUAAAGAUUGCUAAUCUUCCUCAAUCUGGACCAACGUGUCUCUUAAGUGAUUGUCAAAGACCCUCUCGUGUCUGAAACUCGAGGCUCUGCCUGGGAUUCAGGAACAGGGGACGAAGAGGAUGCUGGGUCCAUUGAGAAGGCUUCGCUCCCGAAGUGCGAUACCUGUUGAAGAAGCGAGUGAUGCUGUAACGGAGACAGUUUACGAGGUGCCGGCUGGAGGAGAGUGAACAAUUUCACGUGGAAGAGGAAGAGGAGUGUGCCGCGAGAGGGAGAGGGUCAGCGGGGUAGAGCGAGAGGAAGAGAGAGGCUGGACCGAGAGGCGGUCCAAGAUUUAAUCGGCGUUGGGGGGCUACCGGGGAACCCAGUGGGGGGAUGGGGCGCCCGAGAUCGGCUCUUCCGCGGAGGAACGCGUGCAGUCGCUAGCCGAGGCCUAUACUUGUUCGGUGAAGGGUAUUGGUCGCGUUCGAGAGAGGAACUUCGAGAGGACGACGGGAACUCGGAUCCGAAGGUUCCUCGAUACGAUCCUCACUGGAUUCAUUCGUUCGGCUACCUAGCUGCCUACCGAUCUCUCCUUGUCUACCUAGCUACCCAACCAUCCAACCACCUAGACCGGCUACCUGGGGGUUGGCGGCAGCCCACACUCUCCCACCACUCGAGAAAGGUCCAAGGGUAACACCCUCGUCCACGGGGUGAUAUGUUGCUUUGACCUUUGGCCUUCGAUGACCGUGGAUCGAACGGGCGCGAGUGUUUGGUGAACGGUGCACGGGACUUUGCGCAAAGACGCUGCGAAUACAGAGAAGUGGAAGAGGCAGGAGAGGAGAGAAGAGGAAAGAUGAGACUGUGGAUGAUGCUGGGUGCUUUGGCGGUGGCCGUACCGGCUUUACCCGCCGAGAUCACCAGGAACAAAAACAGAGGCAGAGGAUCCAUGUGGUGGGGAAUAGCGAAAGCCGGAGAGCCAAACAAUUUGUUGCCGAUGUCGCCAGCAUCUCCACACAUGGACCCAGCCGUCUACGCUACCCUAAGACGAAAGCAGAGAAGACUGGCCAGAGAGAAUCCAGGGGUGCUCAUGGCAGUGGCCAGGGGUGCCAAUCAGGCGAUAAUGGAGUGCCAACAUCAAUUUCGAAAUCGCAGGUGGAAUUGUUCGACGAAGAAUUUUCUCCGGGGGAAAAAUCUCUUUGGAAAGAUCGUGGACCGAGGUUGCAGGGAGACUGCGUUCAUCUAUGCCGUCACGAGCGCAGCUGUGACGCACAGCGUAGCCAGAGCCUGCAGCGAAGGCAGCAUCCAGUCCUGCUCCUGCGACUACACGCAUCAGUCCAGGGCGCCUUCCGGUGCCAGAGAUUGGGAAUGGGGUGGCUGCUCGGACAAUAUCGGAUACGGCUUCAAGUUUUCACGCGAAUUCGUCGACACUGGCGAACGCGGUAGAAACUUGCGGGAGAAAAUGAAUUUGCACAACAACGAGGCAGGAAGAGCUCACGUGUCUUCGGAGAUGAGGCAGGAGUGCAAGUGUCACGGGAUGUCGGGGUCCUGCACGGUAAAGACCUGCUGGAUGAGGCUACCGAACUUCCGGGUAGUCGGUGACAACCUGAAGGAUCGUUUCGACGGGGCCUCCAGGGUGAUGGUCAGCAACUCCGACAGGGUGCGGAGCAACAGCAACGCGAUAAUGAGCAACUCGGCCAGCAACUCGGUCCACGGGCACAGGGAAGGAUUGGCUCGUAGGCACCGAUACAAUUUUCAACUGAAACCGUACAAUCCGGACCACAAACCACCUGGACUGAAGGAUCUGGUCUACCUCGAACCGUCGCCACCGUUUUGCGACAAGAAUCCAAAACUGGGAAUCCUUGGUACUCAUGGACGUCAGUGCAACGACACCAGCAUCGGCGUCGACGGGUGCGACCUGAUGUGCUGCGGUCGCGGGUACAGGACCCAGGAAGUCAUCGUCGUCGAGAGGUGCGCCUGUACCUUUCACUGGUGCUGCGAGGUCAAGUGUCAGCUCUGUCGUACCAAGAAAACUAUACACACCUGCUUGUAAGUAGCCGACGCCGACGUCGGCAGCGUCGAAGCGGGAUGAUGAAGACAAUCGGGAUCAGUCAAACCGGUUCCGGUUCCAGCCACGUCCUGACGCCGUGCGGGAAGUUUCCAUUUGUUUCGACGAAUUUCGAAAAAUCAAGCGGGAGGGUGCAGGGUGGAAUUUUUUUUCAACCCUCUUCAACUCUGACCAUCGACGACCUCGAGGAAUUCGUUUCUCUUCUAAGAGAAGGAUUGGAAGCUGUUCGGAGAUACCUUGGAACUUUCCUUCUUAAUGCCCAGUAUUAUGCAAGAUGAUAAAACUAUUUAUUAUAACACAUAGAGACACAUACUAAAGACUGAUGAGUGACGCGCAUAAUUAGUUGAUAAGAAUUCACAUCGAAUUUAUUUUUAAGGAAUCGAGACAAUUUUGUAAAUACAGAUUAUUAGAGAAUAUUAGUGUCCCGGAGUGACCCGUCGACUUGCUAAUUAAUAAUUACAAUAAUUAUCUUUAAUGUUCAGCAGACCAGGAGAGACGGAGAGGGAGUGACGAGGCGCGUUUUUGAAUUUUUGCGAAUUUUUUUAUGUAUUUAUUAUAACGCAAGGAACGUGAACGCGCAGGAAACGUGAUUUAACGUGGUUGUAAAUAAGGUUAAGGCCCAGCAUCCCCUGAAGCGGUUUGUCCAUCGCGUUCGGGUCAGCUGCGCAAGAAAAGACUUAAAGUAUUUGUACAUAGUGUAGCGAUAUAGUGGAAGGAUGCGUGACAAAAAAAAAAACAGAAAAAUUCCGAUCGCUUCUUAAUAUUAUAAAAAAAGAAAAUUAAGGAUUCUUUAAAACGCCACACGUACUUAAGCCCAAUUUCCAAUAUCAAAGUUCCAAUUAUCCCAGCGUCUAUUAUUAAAUUAUUUUUUUAUCCUAAAUGACGUUAUAGACUUUAGAUUUUUAUGAGACUAUAUGCUACCCAGUGAGGAAGGUAUACACAGGUCCGUCCACGAGUAAAAUGUUACUUUCGGGGGGUCAACUUCCUGUGUCUUUAAAUGUACAAGAGUCCCCGGGACCUCAGGUUUUAUUCGUGGCUGGACUGCAGCCUUAUGUUGAUUAUGUAAAACGGUCAUUGUAAUGUUGUGCAUAUAUACAUACGUAGUACGUAGCUUAUAUAUGUAUAUAUAUAUAGGAUCAUUGCCUCAUAAUUUAUAUACAAAAAUCUAUGAAAUAAAGUAAU